AUGGGGUCAAUCUCAAGCCCCGCAGAGGCUGUUGCCAGGAUCGCCUAUUUAGCCAGCGAUGUCAUUCUCUCAGUGCAACCAGCGCUCAAGACCGAGUCUGAAUUCUCCCAUCACCUUGGCCGGUUUUCCGCAAACAAAGCAAAGAACGUUGUAUCCAAGACCACUCCUGAGAUCAUUCCAGUUCGCCAAAAUGCUGAUCCUCUGCUCUCCACCUAUACGGCUCUCAAAUCUGGUAAACUAGUGUCAGCGACGGCUCCAUCAUCAGUAUUGUUGAAUUCAGUACCACAUCUAUACAAGCUUGCACAAUACCCAGUUGUCCUGCACGUGGCCCUCGGAACAUCUCAUCCAGAUUUUUCCGAGAUCAGCUCUGUCCGCCAAUCUGGUUUUAUAUUUUUGCAGUCUGAGACUCUUCAGGAAGCGCAAGAUAUUGCUUUGACUGCACAUGCUUUGGCCAUCAAGAGCGGCAAGGGCGUUCUACAUUUUUACGACCCCAACAAUUCGCUGCAAGAUACUCCGAUCCAAAUCGAAAGCCGAGAUCUAGUUCAGUCUGUCCUCGGUAACGCCCUUGGGUCACAGCCUUCGCACACAGAAUCUGCUGAGGACAUUCUCUACGCCGGCAAUGGAAGGUCUGCAAUUGUAAGGGAUCUGGGAUUACCGCAAGUACUAUCCGUGGAGACACCCUCAGGGGAGACACAAGAACUACUCCCCCCUCUUGUUGCCUCGUCUUCUACCAACGGCACGACCGACAUUUCUUCAGGUGGAUCAUCUCGGCGGGACAGCUCAUCUGAAAGCACUGCUCCAUCUUCAGUUGCAACCACAGUCGAAACGCCAGUCUCUAGGCCUGUGAAUGCGACAGAUAUACAUAAAUACGCGACGGAUAUCUGGUCAGCGAUUGAACGCGCGACUGGCCGCGGCUAUUCUGCUAUUGAGUACUCGGGCCCACCAGACGCUGAAGCGGCUCUCUUCAUCUUCGGAUCAACAGGAGUUUUUGUUGACGUGCUAGAUGCCGAUGAUGUACCGGCCGACCUAACAAAUGUUGGUAUGAUUACAGCUCGACUUUACAGACCCUGGCUUGGUAGCUCUGUUCUUCUCGACUCUAUACCUUCCACAAUCAAGCGAAUCGCCGUCCUCGAGCAGAUCAGGAGGAAGACUACCAAAUGGGGCCCUUCAUUCCUCGACAUACUCUCAAGUUUAAGCCCUGCGGACGGGGAAAAGAGCCCUAUCUCCCUGGUCCAGUAUAGACUAGGUGAAAUUGAUGCCGCCACAGCUCUGCAGGCACUGCGCGGGAUUUUCCAGAAUUUGGCACCACCCACAACUCCUAGAAAGCACACGAGACGUCGAGGUCACUCUCAAGCCACCCCUCUCCUCAUUCAGAAUUUGACUAUCGGGACCGAGAGGGGCCCCCAAGUUGAUAACUUCAAACCUGAGCAACCCGAGUUAGAAAACGCUUAUCUUAAAAUUCUCGACCAACUGUUCAGCGGCAGGCUUUACAUUGCCAAUGCCCUGAAUCAAAAGAAUGCUGGCGUUUCUUCAACCUUGGCAGCAUCUCCCGAGUUCGGCUUUGGAUCACUCCUGGCACGGAUUGAGCGUCGGCAGGAAUUUGUAAAAGAGGCCGAAGAUGCUGCCCGAAGCAAGGCUUUUAUCACAGAGAAUCCAAAGCAAUGGCUGUCAAGAUGGGUUUUGAAUGCAGCAGAUCCAGUCAAGGCCAAUGAAAUUGCUCCAGAAGUCCUCGCCAGGUUGGCAAAUGAUGGAUCCUCACUCGCAGGGAGACUCCUCGAUAACAAGGCUUUUUUCUACAAAGAAUCCCAAUGGUUGAUUGGUUCUGACGCGUGGUCAUAUGAUCUUGGCAAUUCUGGAGUUCAUCAUGUCCUAGCGUCUGGAGCCAACGUAAACGUGCUUAUCAUCGAUUCGGAACCACAUUCCGAACAGGUAGCAGCGGAUUCUCUUAGGCGGAAGAAAGAUAUUGGUCUUUACGCCAUGAACUUUGGCAACGCUUAUGUUGCUUCAGUUGCGGUCUACAGUUCUUAUACCCAGGUUCUGCAAGCGAUGAUUGAAGCCGAAAAGUUCAAUGGCCCUUCGGUUGUGCUUGCAUAUCUUCCAUACAACAAGGAGAACGACUCCGCAUUAACAGCUCUACAGGAAACGAAGAAGGCCGUUGAUCUUGGCUACUGGCCUCUCUACCGUUGGGACCCGUCCAACGAGGAAAAAGGUGAACCGACGUUCAAUCUGGAUUCUGAAAGGAUCAAACAGGAACUAGAACAGUUCUUGAAACGCGACAACCAAUUGACGCAGCUGAUGAACCGCCAUCCACAAUUUGCAGCAAAUCUGUCUGAAUCUUAUGGUUCCGAAGUUCGCAAGCUCCAGAAACGCAAAGCCAAGGAUGCGUAUGAGGAGAUGUUGGAAGGUCUUUAUGGUGCACCCUUGACAAUUUUGUUCGCCUCAGACAACGGCAACGCUGAAAGCUUGUCGAAGAGAUUAGGGAACCGUGGUAAAGCUCGCGGAUUGAAGACUUUGGUCCUCGCUAUGGACGACUAUCCUAUCGAGGAUCUAGCCAACGAAGAAAACGUCGUUUUCGUCACAAGUACAGCUGGGCAGGGCGAAUUCCCACAGAAUGGCCGUGCUUUCUGGGAAGCUAUCAAAGACACCGCCGAUGUUGACUUGUCCAACCUUCAUUAUUCGGUAUUUUCGCUCGGCGACAGCCACUACUGGCCACGGAAGGAGGAUAAGAUAUUUUAUAACAAACCCGGCAAGGAUCUUGAUGCACGACUUCAGUUCUUAGGUGGCAAGCUGCUGACGCCUAUUGGUUUGGGUGACGACCAGGACCCCGACACCUAUCAGACAGGCUACCAAGAAUGGGAGCCCCGACUGUGGCAGGCGCUUAAUGUGGACAAUGUCGAAGGCUUGCCCGAAGAGCCACCGCCGAUUACCAAUGAGGACAUCAAGAUUGCCUCGAACUUUCUUAGAGGCACGAUCAAGGAAGGUCUAGAGGAUACCUCGACCGGUGCAAUUUCCGCACCGGACCAGCAACUCACUAAAUUCCACGGUACUUAUAUGCAAGACGAUCGUGAUCUGAGAGAUGAACGAAAGGCUCAAGGUCUUGAACCUGCUUAUUCCUUCAUGAUCAGAUGUCGACUUCCUGGAGGCGUUGCUACACCUUCGCAGUGGCAACAGAUGGACGCGAUCUCAUCUGCUCAUGGGAAUGAGACGAUCAAACUUACCACCAGACAGACCUUCCAAUUCCAUGGAGUCAUCAAAUCCAAGCUUAGGCCAGCAAUGCAGGCAAUCAACAAGGCCUUAAUGACAACAAUCGCAGCGUGUGGCGAUGUCAACCGAAAUGUCAUGUGUUCAAGCUUACCCACCAUGUCCGACUAUCACAAAGCAGUCCACGCUGUAUCUCAAAGGAUCUCGGAUCAUUUGUUACCUUCGACCUCCGCAUACCAUGAAAUUUGGCUCAAGGAUGAUACCACGGGCGAGAAGACCCAGGUUGCAGGAGAUGCCGUUCAGGAUUUCGAACCCCUCUACGGCCCCACCUAUCUUCCUCGAAAAUUUAAGAUCACGAUUGCCAUCCCUCCACACAACGACACGGAUGUCUACGCCCACGAUAUUGGCCUGAUUGCAAUCCGCAAGGGUGACCACCUCGAAGGGUUCAACGUCCUCGCGGGCGGUGGCAUGGGUGUGACACACAACAACAAAAAGACCUACCCGCGCACUGGAUACAUGAUGGGCUAUGUCCCAGCCGAUAAAGCGCACUUGGUGUGCGAGAAGAUCAUGCUCGUGCAACGUGACAACGGCGACCGGAAGAACCGCAAGCACGCCCGUCUCAAGUACACGAUGGACGACAUGGGCAAUGAGGUGUACAAGGCUAAGGUGCAGGAGCUACUCGACCCACUGAACAUCAAAUUCGAGGCUCCUCGCCCCUUCAAGUUUGACUCCAACAUCGACACCUUCGGCUGGCAGAAGGACGAGAAAGGCCUGAAUCACUUCGCCUUCUUCAUCGAAAACGGCCGCGUGGAGGACACAGCCGAGUUCGCCAUGCGCACCGGCCUCCGGGAAAUCGCCAAGAUUCACACCGGCGAGUUCCGCCUCACUGGCAACCAGCACCUGAUCCUCUCGAACGUGACCGACGCUGCCAAACCCGCAAUCGUCGAGCUGAUGAAGAAAUACAAGCUUGACAACACACAAUUCUCCGCCCUCCGCCUCUCCAGCUCCGCGUGCGUGGCAUUCCCAACCUGCGGCCUCGCCAUGGCCGAGUCUGAGCGGUACCUGCCGGAGCUGAUCACCAAGCUCGAAGGCUGCCUGGAGGAAAACGGCUUGAGCCAGGAUUCCAUCGUGAUGCGCAUGACGGGUUGCCCGAACGGCUGCGCCAGACCGUGGGUGGCCGAGGUCGCUUUCGUCGGGAAAGCCUACGGCGCGUACAACAUGUAUCUCGGUGGUGGGUACCACGGCCAGCGCCUGAAUAAGCUCUACCGGAGCAGUAUCAAGGAAGACGAGAUUCUGGAGAUCAUGAAGGGCUUGUUGAGUCGGUAUGCGAAGGAGAGAGAUGCGGGUGAGAGGUUUGGUGACUGGACGAUUCGGGCGGGUGUUAUUAAUGAGACGACCGAGGGCAAGUAUUUCCAUGAGGGCACUGCUGAGGAGGAGAGCGAUGAGGAAUGA